AUGACAACUACAACAACAGACCCUGUCGCCUUCCUAACCGAUCUCCUCAACUCCCUCCAAGAAUACACCCUCGAAUCCCUCCAUGACUUCCAAGACUACAUCGGCACGCCCAAAGUGCGCCACUGGCUACGCAUAAUCGUUAUUGUCGCGGGUUACAUCUUGCUACGACCCGCUAUCGAAAUGUUUUUCAAAUGGUGGUUUGAGCGCAAAACUUCCAAGGAGGAGGAAGAGCAGAAGAAGAAAAAGGAAGAAGAGGAUAAACAAUUGGAAGCGGAGGGACUUAAGAAGCCGAAGAAGGAUGGGAAUAGUUUGAGGGUUGGCGCAAAGAGUGAGGCUGGUGUUGAGGAAGAGAAGAAGAAAGAGGAAGUUGUGAAGGGGAAAGUGUCAGAGGCGAAGAGCGGCAAGAAGGCUGCUACUUCUGGCAGCGAGACGAAUAAAAAGGAAUCGAAAGUGAAGACCGACGAGUACGAGAAUAGCGAUCAAGAAGACUUUGCGGAGAAGAUUAGGGCAAGUGGAGUGUUGGAAUGGGGUCGCGAUGCGCGCAAGAGGAAGCAGAGACAACAGACUGAGGCGGAACAGCAGCAGCAGCAGAAGAAAAUGGAUGAGGAGAAGCUGUUGGAAUUGUUGGAUUGGAGUGAUGAUGAGAGGAAGCAAUAG